CCUCGAACUCUUGCUCUUUUUAAUCGCUGCAUGGGAUCACCGGCGUGCCCCAUCAUGUCAGAAGCGUCUGUGGACACCAGCUCCGAGAUCACCACCAAGGACUUAAAGGAGAAGAAGGAAGUUGUGGAGGAGGCAGAGAAUGGAAGAGACGCGCCUGCUAAUGGGAACGCUAAUGAGGAAAAUGGGGAGCAGGAGGCUGACAAUGAGGUAGAGGAAGGAGGGGAGGAAGAGGAGGAGGAGGAGGAGGAGGAGGAAGGCGAUGGAGAGGAAGAGGAUGGAGAUGAAGAUGAGGAGGCCGAGGCAGGUACGGGCAAACGGGCAGCUGAAGACGAUGAGAAUGACAACAUCAACCCCAAGAAGCAGAAGACUGAUGAGGAUGACUAGACAGCAAAAAAAAAA